AUGGACUGCGCAAAGGGGACGGCGGUGGCGGGCCUCUGCGACGACCUGAUGGUGGAUAUCCUCUCUCGCUUGCCCGUCAAGGACCUCCGCCGUUCCACGUGCGUGUCCAAACCCUGGCGCGACCUCAUCGCCGACCCCCUCCACCGCAAGAAGCUGCCCCAGACCCUGGAAGGCUUCUUCCACGGUGGCGCUGGCGGGCGUCACAGCAAUGGGCACUUCACCAGCCUGUCGGGGAGGGGAGAAUCUGCUCCUCCAGUCGACCCUUCCUUCUCCUUUCUCACGGCGAAGCUGCCUUGGGUCGAGCGCAUGGACCUCUUGGAUUCCUGCAAUGGGCUCCUGCUCUUUGGGUGCACCCGGGAGAACGAGUUCGGGUACAUCGUGUGCAACCCUGCGACCGAGGAAUUGGUGACUAUGCCCGCCAGCUCUGGUUCUUGUCCGCCUCCUUCGCUUACUCCACUGGAAGACAGAACUGUCGAUGUCUGUGAUGGGGAUACAUAUGCACACACCUAUCUGAUGUUUGACCCGAUUGUCUCCUCGCGCUUCCACUUGGUCCAGUUCUGGCAGGAUAGGUCGACGUUUGAGGUGAAAACGGUGCACUCUUACUCGUCUGAAACCAGGGCAUGGAGUGACACGUCAAACAAGUGGGAGCCAGGUGAAGAGCGCGGUGGAUGGGGGGCUUUGGUCAAUGGUCUAUUGCAUUUUGUUGCCUACCAUUAUGAGGAAGAGGAGAAUCUGAUAGUUGCGGUGGAUGGGGAAGGGGCAAUUUGUAGGAUCAUUUGUCCACCUGUUAAGCAUGUAGAUGCCAUUGCUUUUAUUGGUCAAUCCCAAGGCCAUCUGCACUGCAUCAGUACGAAUCUGCAAUCACAAAAGUUCAAGUUCCAUUUCACGCAACUGUCAGUUUGGGUUCUUGAGGACUAUGAUACACAAGAAUGGAUCCUGAAGCACAAUCACUGGAACCAGAAACUGGUGUCAUAUGACAUGGAUAGUAAGGAGCUGCAUGCUCUCUGCACUCUAGGAGAGGGAUAUCGGUCUAUUACCCCGUAUGUUCCAUAUUUCAUGGAGUCACCGGUUCUUGCCACCAAGGACUGA